UUCCUAGGAGCCAUCAUUUGAGAUGCUUCCGUUGUCUGGGAAAACAAUAAUAUUUGAUAGCUUUCCUGAUCCUUCAGAUACCUGGGAAAUAAUUGAGACUAUCGGCAAAGGAACUUAUGGAAAAGUUUUCAAGGUGUUAAAUAAGAAAAAUGGCAGCAAAGCAGCAGUCAAAAUUUUGGAUCCUGUUCAUGAUAUUGAUGAAGAAAUUGAAGCUGAGUACAACAUUUUGAAAGCUCUCUCUGAUCAUCCCAAUGUAGUCAAAUUCUACGGCAUGUAUUAUAAGAAAGAUGUGAAAAAUGGAGACCAGCUUUGGCUAGUUCUUGAGCUGUGCAAUGGUGGAUCUGUGACUGAUCUUGUGAAAGGAUUUCUGAAGAGAGGCGAAAGGAUGAAUGAACUUAUAAUUGCUUACAUUUUACGUGAAGCUCUGAUGGGACUUCAGCACUUGCAUGAAAACAAAACUAUCCACCGUGAUAUUAAGGGAAAUAAUAUCCUUUUGACCACUGAAGGAGGAGUCAAGCUUGUGGAUUUUGGUGUGUCUGCUCAGCUGACCAGCACUCGUCUCCGUCGGAACACCUCCGUGGGCACCCCGUUCUGGAUGGCUCCAGAGGUGAUUGCCUGUGAGCAGCAGCUAGAUAGCUCCUAUGAUGCUAGAUGUGAUGCAUGGUCUCUGGGUAUUACCGCAAUAGAGUUGGGAGAUGGAGAUCCACCUCUUGCUGAUUUGCAUCCCAUGAGGGCACUCUUCAAAAUACCAAGGAAUCCUCCUCCAACGCUACAGCAGCCUGAACUGUGGUCACCUGAAUUCAAUGACUUCAUUAACAAGUGCUUGACUAAAGAUUAUGAGAAGCGUCCAACAGUAUCUACUCUUUUGCAGCAUGAUUUUAUUAAGCAAAUUGAAGGAAAAGAAAACGUGCUACAAAGGCAACUCAUGGAAUUUAUUGAUGUUCAUCAACAAAUGGGAGUCACUGAAAAGGCAAGAUUUGAACGUAUUCACACAAAGAAAGGGAACUACAGUAAGUCACUAGUUUCAAACCAAGAAGAAGUAGAUGAUUUAGCAACUUUGGAAGUACUGGAUGAGAAUACAGUAACGGAACAGUUGCAGAAGGGUUAUGCCAAGGACCAGAUCUACACAUACGUUGGGGACAUUCUCAUCGCUGUCAAUCCAUUUCGGAACAUAGAUAUUUAUUCUUCACAGCAUUCCAAACUGUAUAUUGGAGCCAAACGGACUGCUAACCCUCCUCACAUUUUUGCUGUUGCCGACAUAGGCUAUCAGUCCAUGGUGACAUACAACUCUGAUCAGUGUAUUGUUAUUUCUGGAGAAAGUGGAGCUGGCAAGACGCAAAGUGCCCAUCUGCUGGUUCAGCAGCUCACUGUCCUUGGCAAGGCUAAUAACAGGACUCUGCAGGAGAAAAUUCUCCAGGUGAACAACCUUGUAGAAGCAUUUGGGAAUGCAGGCACUAUCAUCAAUGAUAAUUCAAGCAGAUUUGGAAAAUAUUUGGAAAUGAAAUUCACUUGUGGUGGCACUGUAGUAGGAGCUCAGAUUUCAGAGUACCUCCUUGAAAAAUCCAGAGUUGUCCACCAGGCAGUAGGAGAGAAAAAUUUCCAUAUUUUUUAUUAUAUUUAUGCUGGUCUCGCAGAAAAGAAAAAGCUGGCACAUUAUAAACUGCCAGAAUAUAGACCUCCCAGAUAUCUGCAAAAUGAUCAUUUCAGAAUAGUGCAAGAUUUCAUGAACAAUAGCUUUUAUAAGUCUCAGUUUGAAUUAAUAGAACAGUGCUUCAAAGUCAUAGGUUUUACACUGGAGGAUCUUGGAUGGUCAACUUACUGUUAUAUAGUAACAUUUAAAUUUUUAAAGUUUCAAGGCAUUGGUGCAUCCCUGCUGUGUAUUCAGGCAGAUGAACUGCAAGAGGCCCUCACCUCUCACUGUGUAGUGACUCGUGGAGAAACAAUUAUUCGUCCCAACACUGUGGAAAAAGCCACUGAUGUCAGAGAUGCCAUGGCCAAAGCACUGUACGGGCGCCUCUUCAGCUGGAUAGUCAAUCGCAUCAACACUUUACUCAAACCUGACAAACAUUUAAGUGAAAAUGAUGACGGCUUGAAUAUUGGAAUUCUUGAUAUCUUUGGCUUUGAGAAUUUCAAAAAAAAUUCUUUUGAACAACUGUGUAUCAACAUUGCCAAUGAGCAAAUUCAGUUCUACUUCAAUCAACAUGUCUUUGCCUGGGAACAGAAUGAAUACCUUUACGAAGGUGUUGAUGCAAGAGUUAUAGAAUAUGAGGACAACAGGCCCCUCCUAGAUAUGUUCCUGCAGAAACCAAUGGGUUUGUUGUCUCUGCUGGAUGAGGAAAGUCGAUUCCCACAAGCAACAGAUCAGACACUUGUAGAAAAAUUUGAAGAUAAUUUGAAGUCAAAAUAUUUUUGGAGACCCAAAAGAGUAGAUCUAACCUUUGGAAUUUAUCAUUAUGCAGGAAAGGUUCUGUAUAAUGCAAGUGGAUUCCUAGCCAAAAAUAGAGAUACUCUGCCAGCUGAUAUUGUGCUGCUGCUGCGAUCAUCUGAAAACAACCUGACGCGACAGCUGGUAACUCACCCUCUCACAAAAACAGGUAACCUGGCACACACCAAAAGCAAAACUACAAUCAGUUAUCAAAUGUGGACCUCCCAAAAAUCAAUCAGUCAUACAAAGAAUGAAGCAGGAGAUACUGGACAUCAUCCAAGAGAAACAACCAGCAUGAAAACACAGACAGUUGCUUCUUAUUUUAGAUAUUCUCUGAUGGAUUUGUUAUCCAAAAUGGUUGUUGGCCAGCCCCAUUUUGUCAGGUGCAUCAAGCCAAACAACGACCGGCAGGCAAACAAGUUUGACAAAGAAAAAGUGUUGGUUCAGCUGCGUUACACGGGAAUUCUGGAGACAGCACGGAUUCGAAGACAGGGUUAUUCACAUCGUAUACUCUUCGCUAACUUCAUAAAACGGUAUUACCUCAUCUGUUACAAAACAAAUGAUGAUCCUCCAGUCAGCCCGGAGACCUGUGCUGCCAUCUUGGAAAAAGCCCACCUUGACAACUGGGUUCUUGGAAAAACUAAAGUAUUCCUCAAAUACUAUCAUGUGGAGCAGCUGAAUUUAAUGCGGAAGGAGACAGUUGACAUGAUUAUUUUGAUUCAAGCUUAUGUCAGAGGGUGGCUAGGUUCGAGGAGAUACAAAAAGAUAAAGGAACAAAGGGAACAAAGUGCUAUUAAAAUACAGUCAGCUUACAGGGGGUUUGUUGCUCGUAAAGAAUACAAAAAUGCAAAGCAUAAUAAAAAAGUGGAAGAAUAUAUGACCAAAUUUCAAGCAAUUGCCAGAGGAUACUUACUCAGGAAGAAGAGGAAAGAACUAACUGAAACAAGAAACAAAGCAGCAAUAACAAUUCAGUCUCACUACAGGGGAUAUAAGGAGAGGAAGGUCUUCAAAAGCAGGAGGGAAUCGCUUAGAAAGCAAGAAAUCGAAAAUGCAGCAACCAUUAGCAAGAAGGAAAAUGAUGAAGAACUUCAAGGUCCUGAGGAAAGUCCAGCUGAAGUGGAAGGUGCCCUCCCUAGAACAGAAGAAGAAGCAGCUGCCAUAGCAGAGGAUGAACUAUCUGCUGUGGAAUUCCUUGAAGCACAACUGCAGCCAGCUCAAAAUGAUACACUGGAAGAAGUGGCAAGUGAGGAGACUCAAGAUGAACCUGGUGCUGUCGCUGACAGCAAGUGCUCCAGGUACAGGAAUGGAGGGGAGCAACAGCAAACAUCUAGUGAAGGAGAGGCAGCUUCUGUGAAGCAGAACCUGGCAGUAGAAGAGGUUAGUGAAGGUGAAGAACAGGACUCUUUGGAAGAGUUACCCAGAAAAUCUUCUCUCAAAACCUCAGCUGAACCUAGACCCCAGCAAGAGCAAGAUAAUCAAGACACACUCAGUGCAGACUGGCAAAAUCAAGAAUCUGCUGUGGUCCAGCCCAGCACCGACAGGGAUGUGGAAAGAAAUUACCUAAAGCGUGAAGCAGCAAUGCCUACAGGAGGUAAAGGAAUCACAAGAAAAGAGUCACUAAGAAGAGGCUCAUGGAAGCAAGCUGAGGCAGAAAAGCAAGGUUCUGAAGACAAAGAGAAGGCAGCAGUGGUAAUUCAGAGCAAUUACCGGGGUUACAGAAGGAGAGGACAACUCAGAAAAGAAGGGAAACUACCUUGCAAAAGUCAAGAGAAAACAAUAAAGGAGCCAACAGAAGCAAUACACGUUCAAAAUAACAAUCCCCAAACAACAAAAGGUAGGGAAAGCACCAGUACAGAGGCUGAAGACUCUAAGGCACUGAAGGGAGACUCAGAGAAAGAGGCUUGUGAUUUGGCAGCCUUUUCACGACAGAUAUCAAAAUUAUCUGAGGAUUACUUAGCAUUGCAGCAAAAACUGAAUGAAAUGAUAUUGUCCCAUCAGCUGAGACCUGUGAUGAUGCCCAAAGAUAAGCAAGCUAAUGGCCGGCUUUCUUCUCAUGUUUGUCAGUCAGUUGUGGCCAAAGUAGAAGACUCUCGCCCAAUGCAGAGACCCCCCAGAAGGCCACGGAAGCCCAAGACAUUAAAUAAUCCAGAAGACUCCACCUACUACACUCUAAUACAUAAAUCAAUACAAGAUGAAAAACGGAAACCAAGGAAAGAAAGUCUGAGCAAAGUGCUAGAUUUAGAUAUCUACUACCAAGAAAUUUCAUCUACUGACUCCAGCUCCAAGGACAGCAGUACUACCACAAGAAGGAAGAGAUACCCAGUUGAGCGCAGGACUUCCAUUUUACGAGCUACUGAGAGGUCGAGGGUUGCAGAAAGACCCCUGGAAGAGAGCAAAGCCGAAGAUAAUCCCUAUGACUACAGACGACUGCUGCGGAAGACCUCACAGCGCCGGCGCCUUAUCCAGCAGUUCUAGCUGCUGCUGCUGCUCCUGCUGCCAUUUGG